CGCAAAUAUCUUCAAAUCUGAGCUUCGAUCGUUUCAGCUUUCAGAGUUCUGAACUGCUUUCGAUAUCCUUCAAGCCAACUCUUGAAGUAUCUCUGCCUUGAUAUCCAAUUGCAUGGCUAGAUGUUACAGUCCUUGUUCUUCUUCUCCUACUACUUUCUUAUCGCUCUCCUCAUUCAAGCAUGAGGGACUUGUCUCCGGAAGGAUGAGGGUACCAGAAAGGAGAAAUACCACUCUAAUUUCUCAUGGCUAUCCCAGUCUCCGUUCGAGAAAGCAAUUUGAACUCAAAUCCUCUAAUGGGCACCCGCUAAACGCGGUCUCUUCGCCAGAUGGUUUAGGUGGGAAGUCAUCAACGGAAGAACCCGUUGAGAAUCGAGGAAAAGAUGGUCCAGUUGUCUAUUCGGAGCCAGGAAAAGCCAAAUCUACCAUCAGUGUUACUGUUGUCGGAGCUUCGGGGGACCUUGCUAAGAAGAAGAUCUUUCCUGCACUCUUUGCAUUAUUUUAUGAAGAUUGUCUACCUGAGCAUUUUACAAUUUUUGGUUAUGCUCGGAGUAAGAUGAGUGAUGAGGAGCUGAGGAACAUGAUCAGUGAAACAUUGACUUGCAGAAUUGACAAGAGUGAAAAUUGCAGUGACAAGAUGGAUCAGUUCUUGCAGAGGUGCUUCUACCAUUCUGGCCUGUAUGGUUCUGAGGAGAAUUUUUCAGAAUUAGACAAGAAACUGAGAGAGAAAGAGGUUGGAAGACUCCCCAAUAGGUUAUUUUACUUGUCAAUACCUCCCAACAUAUUUGUGGAUGUGGUACGAUGCGCUAUUAGUCGUGCUUCUUCUGCAAACGGGUGGACUAGAGUCAUUGUUGAAAAGCCAUUUGGUCGGGACUUGGCAUCAUCUGGAGAGCUGACCAGAUGUUUGAAGCAAUACCUCUCUGAGGACCAGAUUUUCAGGAUUGACCAUUACUUGGGUAAGGAGCUUGUUGAGAACCUAUCAGUCCUCCGGUUCUCCAAUCUUGUUUUUGAGCCUUUAUGGUCAAGGAACUACAUCAGAAACGUGCAACUAAUAUUUUCUGAAGAUUUUGGAACGGAGGGUCGAGGCGGGUACUUCGAUAACUAUGGGAUAAUACGGGAUAUAAUGCAGAAUCACCUCCUACAAAUUUUGGCACUUUUUGCAAUGGAGACACCUGUCAGCUUGGAUGCGGAGGACAUUAGGAAUGAAAAGGUUAAGGUUUUACGGUCAAUGAUGCCACUGCAGAUUGAUGAUCUAAUUGUAGGCCAAUAUAAGGGGCACUCAGCUGGUGGAAAGUCUUAUCCUGGUUACACUGAUGAUCCAACCGUGCCAAAUGACAGCCUCACUCCCACCUUUGCAGCUGCUGCUUUAUUCAUUCAUAACGCACGAUGGGAUGGGGUGCCUUUUUUGAUGAAAGCAGGCAAGGCUCUUCAUACUAAGGGAGCAGAGAUCAGAGUGCAGUUUAGGCAUGUCCCAGGCAACUUGUAUAAGCGGAACUUUGGGACUGAUUUGGAUAAAGCUACAAACGAGCUUGUUCUUCGUGUGCAACCUGAUGAAGCUAUAUAUCUGAGGAUCAAUAACAAGGUCCCAGGUAUUGGCAUGAGAUUGGACCGCAGUGACCUUAAUCUGCUUUACAAAACAAGGUAUCCAAAGGGAAUUCCGGAUGCAUAUGAGAGGUUGCUUUUAGAUGCCAUGGAAGGAGAACGUCGGCUGUUCAUUAGAAGCGAUGAGCUUGAUGCCGCUUGGGCACUUUUCACCCCUUUGCUGAAGGAACUGGAGGAGAGGAAGAUUGCACCAGAGCUCUACCCAUAUGGUAGUAGAGGUCCAGUUGGAGCACAUUAUCUUGCUGCAAAGUAUAAUGUUCGAUGGGGGGAUCUUUAGUGGUGAAGAUUCAUGAUUGGGUGGAGUUCUGCUAUAAUAUAUUGCAUGCUGUGGGAUGGCCUCCUCUUUUAAAAAAAACUCAGCGAUGUUUUGUCCAUGGAUAUGUUGGUUGUGGAUUUUCAUACUUCCUAUAUGUCUAGUUUGGAUUCUUUUCCUUGUAUGAUGCAUUAAAUAGUAUUUUCUAUUGACUGGUAGGCACUUUAAUGGAGAGCACUUUGAAGGUG